AUGACGCAUAACAAGAGUGGUGUUAUUGAACGACUUAAAGCAUUAUAUAUUCCAAAUGUAAUCGAAACAUAUGGUGAUGUUAACCUUCCAAAGGCAGCUGUAUUGGUGCCGAUAUUCUUUCGAAACGGUGACCUUCAUGUUCUUCUGACUGUUCGAGGGAAACAUUUGCGUUCGCAUGGAGGCGACGUAGCCUUUCCUGGAGGCAAAAUGGAUGAGGGUGAUUCGGAUCUGUUGGUGACUGCUUUAAGAGAGGCAGAAGAAGAGAUUGGUCUGCCUAGAGAGACGGUUGAAAUUGUCUGUCAAUGUGUUCCAUUUUGUACAAGGAAUGGAAUAAUGGUGGCUCCGUUCAUUGGGUUCAUUGACGACGAUUUCACACCAGCCCCGAACGCGCAUGAAGUUUCAGAUGUGUUCAGCAUGCCGAUCUCGGAUUUUCUGUCUGCAAAGAAUCACAGAUAUGAAGAAUAUUCUUAUGAUAAUGGUUUUUUUAUGUAUGUCCACUUUUUUGAAUACAUUGAAAAGGACAAGAUAUUUUCGCCAUGGGGUAUUACAGCCUUAAUAUGCAUAGUUGUUGCAGUUAUCGCGUUACAAAGACAACCAGAGUUUACCAUCAAUACCCAUUGUGUGCCAGAUGAUCCGGUACAGAUGCUUCUCUUCUUGUUUCGCAAGGGAAUAGAUACAUACAAGAAGGGGAAAUUUAGCAGUCGCCUUUAA